CCCAGCCUGCGCCGCUCGAUUCCAAACGGGAAGCCCUAAGAGGAGAAGUCUGAGAAAGGACCCGGCUGGCGCCCUUCUCAGCGCUGGAAGCCGCGCCAUGCUCGCCCUCCGAAGCGGCCAGACUAGGGCGCUGGCUGCGCGGAUGCUCGCGCCCCAGGUAUGCUCAUCUUUUGCUACAGGCCCCAGACAAUAUGAUGGAACAUUCUAUGAAUUUCGUACCUAUUAUCUUAAACCCUCAAAGAUGAAUGAGUUCCUGGAAAAUUUUAAGAAAAAUGUUCAUCUUCGGACAGCUCACUCUGAAUUGGUUGGAUAUUGGAGUGUAGAAUUUGGAGGCAGAGUGAAUAAAGUGUUUCAUAUUUGGAAGUAUGAUAAUUUUGCUCAUCGAACUAAAGUUCGGCAAGCCUUGGCCAAAGAUAAGGAAUGGCAAGAACAAUUCCUUAUUCCAAAUUUGGCUCUCAUUGAUAAACAAGAGAAUGAGAUUACUUAUCUGGUACCAUGGUGCAAAUUAGAAAAGCCUCCAAAAGAAGGAGUCUAUGAACUGGCUACUUUUCAGAUGAGACCUGGUGGGCCAGCUGUGUGGGGUGAAGCGUUUAAAAGGGCAGUUUAUGCCCAUGUUAAUCUAGGCUACACAAAACUAGUCGGUGUUUUCCACACAGAAUAUGGAGAACUCAACAGAGUUCACGUUCUUUGGUGGAAUGAGAGUGCGGACAGUCGAGCAACUGGGAGACAUCGGUCUCACGAGGAUCCCAGAGUUGUGGCGGCUGUUCGGGAAAGUGUUAACUUCCUAGAAUCGCAGCAGAAUAUGCUUCUGAUUCCUACAUCAUUUUCACCAUUGAAAUAGUUUUCUACAGAAAUAUGAAACAUUUCAUUAACUGCUGUCAGAUGUGUUCUACUAAUUAAUGGUGCUUAAGUUCUCCCAAGAGGGUCUCAUUUUUAUUUGAAGGAAGUGGUAUGUUGAUACAUUAUGUCCCUUGCAUUUUUGAAAGCUGUAUGUGUCCUUUGUCCCCUCCACUUCAGGAAAUAGUUUUGUUCACUUUCCCCAUGGCAUUUGUGUAUCUGUCAUACAUUAAAAAUAUUUGUCACUAAUUCAA